GUGUGACUGCACCCCAGGAUACAUUGGUGAGCACUGUGACAUUGACUUUGACGACUGCCAAGAUAACAAGUGCAAAAAUGGUGCUCACUGUACUGACGCAGUGAAUGGUUAUACGUGCACCUGUCCUGAAGGCUACAGUGGCUUGUUCUGUGAGUUUUCUCCACCCAUGGUGCUCCCUCGCACCAGCCCCUGUGAUAAUUUUGAUUGUCAGAAUGGAGCUCAGUGCAUCAUCAGGAUCAAUGAACCAGUAUGCCAGUGUUUGCCUGGCUACCUGGGAGAGAAGUGUGAAAAACUCGUCAGUGUGAAUUUUGUAAACAAAGAGUCCUAUCUUCAGAUUCCUUCAGCCAAGGUUUGGCCUCAGACGAACAUUACACUUCAGAUUGCCACAGAUGAAGACAGCGGCAUCCUCCUGUAUAAGGGUGACAAAGACCACAUUGCUGUGGAACUCUAUCGAGGGCGAGUUCGAGCCAGCUAUGACACCGGCUCUCACCCGGCUUCGGCUAUUUACAGUGUGGAAACAAUCAAUGAUGGAAACUUCCACAUUGUGGAGCUCCUGGCCCUGGAUUCCAGUCUUUCCCUCUCCGUGGAUGGAGGAAGUCCUAAAAUCAUCACCAACUUGUCAAAGCAAUCUACUCUGAAUUUUGACUCCCCACUUUAUGUAGGAGGCAUGCCUGGGAAAAAUAAUGUGGCAUCACUGCGCCAGGCCCCUGGACAGAACGGCACCAGCUUCCAUGGCUGUAUCCGGAACCUUUACAUCAACAGUGAGCUGCAGGACUUCCGGAAAGUGCCCAUGCAAACUGGAAUUCUGCCUGGCUGUGAACCGUGCCACAAGAAAGUAUGUGCCCAUGGCACAUGCCAGCCUAGCAGCCAAUCAGGUUUCACCUGUGAAUGUGAGGAAGGGUGGAAGGGGCCCCUCUGUGACCAGCGAACCAAUGACCCCUGCCUGGGAAACAAGUGUGUACACGGCACCUGCUUGCCCAUCAAUGCCUUCUCCUACAGCUGUAAGUGCCUUGAGGGCCAUGGGGGUGUCCUUUGUGAUGAAGAAGAAGACCUGUUUAACCCCUGCCAGAUGAUCAAGUGCAAGCAUGGAAAGUGUAGGCUCUCUGGCCUCGGGCAGCCCUAUUGUGAAUGCAGCAGUGGAUACACUGGGGAUAGCUGUGAUAAAGAAAUUUCUUGUCGAGGGGAAAGGAUAAGAGAUUAUUACCAAAAGCAGCAGGGUUACGCUGCCUGCCAAACAACGAAGAAAGUAUCUCGCUUGGAAUGUAACGGCGGGUGUGCUGGUGGUCAGUGCUGUGGACCUCUGCGGAGCAAAAGGCGGAAAUACUCCUUCGAAUGCACAGACGGAUCCUCAUUUGUGGAAGAGGUUGAGAAGGUGGUGAAGUGCGGCUGCACGAGAUGUGCCUCCUAA